AUGAGGACGAACUCUCAAAAGCGCACGCCACACAACAUUCAACAAGUGUGUUCUCCUGUUUGUUUCCCCGUCUUUGUGGCUCCGUGUGUGGGCGUGCGCACAUCUCCCUCGCCGUUGUCUCAGUGUGCCCUCCGAACCGACCGUGCCAUCCCCGAAUCUCCACCGUGUCUCUCCCCACCUGCUCCUGCCUUCUCUCUCUCACACACACACACACUCUCUCUCUCUCUCUCUUUCUCUCUGCUCUACACAGAAACACUGCUCUGUCCUGAUUCUUUUCCAAGGCUGCGUGAGGUUAUGGAGCGGGUUUCUGAUGUCAUAAGGUUGUGCUGUGAGGUUUCCUCCAAUCAGCAGAUGAAGGCAGCCGUGAUGGGUUCUGGGACAGGAGCGGUGGUGGCGGGAGGAAGUGCGUUAAUAGGAGGACUUCUGCUCGGACCUGCCGGCAUCGCUGUCGGCGGGGCAGUCGGGGGUCUUCUCGGCUGGGGGAUGACGAGCGGUCAGUUUAAACCGGUUUCUCAGAUCCUCAUGGAGCUCCCGCCUGAGCAGCAGAAGAAGCUGUACACGGACGUGAUGGCGGUUCUGGGCGGGUUGAAUUGGACCAACGCCUUGCAGCUCAUAACCCUGGUGAUGAGGAACGUCGGAUUACAGGAGCGUGUUGUAACCACCAUCCACAACUAUGUCACCAACGAGCUCCGCUCUGAGAUCCAGUACGGAGACUGAGCGCAGCACACACACACACACACACACGUCAAAUCAAAUCAUCUUGUCACACAUGUAGAAAUCAUGUGCGUGUUUAAACAAGAGGAGAAGCCAUGAAGGUGUACUGUGGAUAAAUGAAGUUUAAUAAAAUUUAUGCUUUUUUGUGUUAAAGAAUCAUUUUGAUUAGAUUUAGAUAUUUUAGUUUACAUUUAGGUGUGUAUGAAGUGUGUGUAAGGAAUUCUGGGAUUUAUUUAAUUUAAUUAAAGCAGGCUGAUUAUAUGUGGAGUUUAGACUUUAGAUCUUUAUUAAUAGAACUGAUCUCAGCGAGAGCAGACUAAACAAUAAGCCACUGUGCAGACAUGUUCAAGGUGUGUCCACACUGUGGGGGCGUGUCCAGGGCAUGUCUUUUAGUAAGAAGAUGAGCUUACCGUAGCCACGCCCACAUUACUCUAAAUAAGCUUAGGAAUACACUGCUCUUAUGUGCCACGGUUAAGAGCUCAAAGACACGCCUUUUUAUAAUGGUGCACAAAAACACGCCCACAGGGACACGCCCACAGCGACACGCCCAGCUCCUCUUCUAUAAUUUAACCCAAUAGGAAUCAUUUCUCCUGCUGUUUGUUUGUUUUAGAUGUUUUGACGGAUAUUUACACUUGGAAAAUGGAAAAACAAAAACAAAUAAAUCCAAAUGAGAGCAUAA